UAUAAACAAGGAAAGCAAAAUAAUAUAUUCUUGAAGUUAUACAAGUAACAAACAUAAAAUAUAUUGAUUGCACAAACAUGCGGAAUGACAGCUUAUUUUGCAUUUCUACAUACCAAAACUAUGAUUAGUUUGUAAAAACUGCUUUAAUUGAUAUGAAACGUAUUUAAUUAUGACAUAAAUUAUUUUGGAAUAAAUUUCUACUUUUGAAUUCUGGGUAAAAGCACGUUGUUUUUACUUUACUAAUGAGAGCUAAACUGAGCACAUCUAAUUUUACCGAAAAUGCCAAAUACUGCUAAAAACCACCAAGAAUGCAGGAAAUCUGUUUGUUUUCUUUGUUUUAGUAAAAGUCAACGAAAGCUAACAUCAAAUCUAAAAGAAAGAUGUCAGAUUAUACUGAAAGAGAAAAUCAACUUUAAUGAUGACAAAGUUCCACUUGGAAUAUGUGAAAAAUGUCGCUCUUGUUUAAGAAGGAAGGAAAGUGGAGAAGACAUCACACUCCCAUCAUUGUAUAAGUUUGAGACUAUAAAACUUCGACCAGAAACUCGAGACUCUCACUGUAACUGCUUGAUCUGUUCAAUUGGUAAACUGAGACACAAUGGUCAAAUGAAAAUUGAAUUCGCACAAAGUUCAGCAACUAGAACGCCUUCUUUAACAGUAGAAAAAAGAUGCUCAGACUGUUUUUCAAUUAUUGGUCGAGGAUUGCCUCACAACUGCACAAAAGGCACUUUGAGAAAUAAUCUUGUUGCUGUAGUAACAAAGGAUCCUUUGGCAUCAGAAAGAAUUGCAGCUCUUGUUGUUUCAAAUAAAGCUCCUUCUCCACAUGGAACUGUUCGAUUAAGUCAACUUUAUGGUGGAAGAAUGCUUCCAGUAACACCAAGUUCGUCAUCAGCUAGACAACUUUUCUCUUCAAAUUCAUCAAUAAGUGUAAAAGACCUUGCUAAAGUUCAAGCAAACACAGGGCUUUCAAACAAUGGCAUUAAGAGGUUAGCAGCUACUAUUAAUCAGUCAACCUCACAACAGAUUGUUGAAAAAAAUUACGCCAUAAAAUUUGACAAAUUCAGCAAGCAACUUGUACAUCAUUUCACAAGUUCAUUAAUUCAAGAUCACGCUGGAUGUGUGAGGACAGUCAUACAUUGCAAGAACUUCCAUGAGCUUAAAAAUGAAAUUAUAGCCAUGAGAAGUACAUCAAAAAAUCACAUUGUAAAGGUUGGAAUUGACGGAGGAGGUGGGUUUCUGAAAGUUACCCUGGGAAUUAUUGAAUUAAAUCAUGAACCUUGCAUUCCCCCAGCAAAAAUCAACUGCACAAGCAAGGUUUUUAAGGACACUGGUGUAAAACAACAACUAGUCAUUGCUGUCUGUGAGGAGCUUCAAGAAAGUUCUACUAACGUUUUGCAAGUAUUUGAGUUGAUUAAAUUGAAAGACCAGGAGUUUGUCAUGUCCUGUGAUCUAAAACUUGCUAAUAUAAUUUGUGGGCUUCAAGCACACUCAAGUGCACAUCCCUGCACCUGGUGUGAAUCUGGUUCAAAAGAACUUGUAAAUCAAGGGAAAUUGAGGACUUUUGAAUCUCUGGAAAAAAAUGUCUCACUCUUCAAGUCAGCUGGUUCCAAUAUUAGAAAAGCUCGUGACUAUAAAAAUGUUGUUCAUUCUCCAAUAUUUAAACUACCUGGAGACACUUUGGUUUUGAAUUUUCUUCCUCCCAUGGAAUUGCAUCUCUUAAUUGGAGUUUUUAAUCAUCUUUUUGCUGCGCUGCUUCAAGUUUUUCCUCGAGUAACUCUUUGAUCUGAUGCAUUACACAUUAAACA